GCCAGCGGCAGCAGCUAGCUACGGAGCCCGUUGUGAGCAAUGCAGCUACAGAUAACCUCCUGGACACCCACACAGCCACACAGAGGGCACGACAUCCAUCCAUCCAUCCAUUGGCCGGACAAACCGAUUUGUGGCGUAGCGGUACUUUUUUGUUGGUUGGUCAUCCGAGCGAUGCAGUGCCGUCAGCGCCGUCCUCGCCUGUCAAAUAAACACACACACGCACGUGUGUUGCGGAUUGACACCAGAUGUGUGUGCCUCUCUUCCUUGGUUGGUACCUCCGCUGCCGUCAGCCAUAUUGUCACCGUCACUGCCGUCUACACCACACACACAGAAGGCCCAUCCACCACACACGGUUUCACUCCCAUGCUUCCGUCUCUUCCCUGUCCGUACCAUCGUCAUCGUCGCUGUCAUCUUCCUGCUGUUGCUGCUGCUGGUACUGCUGCUGUACUCGUCCGUCGAAGACAUAUGGCGCCACACCUGACCCCAGCGCCACGCGGGCCAGCCGAGUGGUGACCGGGAAGCGAUGCUUGAAGGCGCCACCAGCACCAGCCACAGGCGCUUCGGUCGUCAGGACACUUACCCACACUGCAGACAUACGAGAGAGAACAACACAUGACAUGUGACCGGCCGGCAGCGCUGCCUGUCUGUCGGCCUGACCGUCAUCAAUGUCUCCCAGGAAAGAAUCCUCAAUGUGAAUCCACGCGACGAAGGGGUGGCUGCUGUCGGUCAGCACCAGCCAUCGCCGGCCACCAUCGCCCCAGCUCAUUGUGGUGGUGCAGCCGGCCACCGGUAUGUGGGGCGACUGGGUGAGGAGGCCAUCCAGACGGCCGCCAACAACACGCCUGAACCAAACACACACACAGACACAAUCACACACACCCCUCCCGCCACUAUUGUGUCGUCACCUGUCGAGUGUAGUCACUGUGUCAUUGGUCUGAUGAGUCGGGUAGAACUUGUCACCGUAGAACUUGUCGUCUACCGAUGCGCUUGGCGAAUGACGACAACGACGCGUCGGUGGACGGGUAAUUGCCAUUGCCCGACUCCCAUUCGUUCUGGCAGCGAAAGUGGUGGAUGUGACUAUACACUGGGGGGUCAUGCUGUAGUCGGUGCUGCUGAUACAGAUGUUGGUAGGGAGGAAGGGGCGGGUCGAUGGUCAGCCGGUAGCCGGGCUCGUCCUUGAUGGCCCGCACCUCACCAUUGGCAUGGCUGCAGACAGACACUUCACCCAUCCCCAGCGACGGGUCGAACCGCAGCAGCUGCAGCUGUGGGGUGUUGAUGCCAACGCCGUACGCACGGCUCAGUGAGUUGGCGAGGCGGUUGCGCAGCUCAGCUAUGGUGAAGGCAGCCCGGAUGCGCCGCGAUGUGGCUCUGAGGCGGGCCGCCGUGACGAUGUCGGGCAGAUGGCCUCGGCUGCCGACAAACAAGUGGUUGACGGGGUGCUCCUGGCUGCCCCCCUGCAGAUCGCACACACACGUAACAAUGCAGAUCGAUACACACACAAGGCACAUCUGGUGCAUGGCGUUCGGUUGUGUCAUACCCACCUGAUGCUGCUGCUCUUGCUGUGUGUGGCUGCGGGACGAUGCGACGCGGUGGCGGUCGGGCGAGGCGAACAACUUAUCUACUGCAUCGGUCAGUAUCUGCACACACCACACACAGACGACACACAAUGACAUCAACACGGUGCUGUGUUGGCGAUUCUACUGGUCUGCUGACAUGCUCACCCCUUUGGUGGUCUGUGUGUCGCCCCACAUGAACCGCUGCAUCCUCAACGUCGUCAUGCUCGACUCCAACGCCGCCUCACUGCUCGAACUCUCACGCACAAGGGCCGCACUCUGACAAUGAACAAUCGGACACACAAAACCACAAAGGCCAUAGAUAGGCCAUGACAGGUGUCGCUUUGGCUCACCCAAAUGCCGCCCGCUAUCUGCUUCUGGUUGGUCUUGCGUGUGAUGUAGACGGCCGUGGCGGCCAGCAGGCGGACAUCGCACGCGGCCAAAUCGAUGUCACACAUCGACAAGAACUGCACACACAGACAGACAGACAGGGAGAAGCCAUUCGAUAGCUGGAGGUGUCUGUGUGUGGCUGGCGGACAGACUCACCAUAAGGUAUUUGGCGAAUGAAAACAGGCGGCCGUGGGUGUCCAUGCCGGCCGCAGUGAACAGCUUCUCCAGACACUCAAUGCCGCACACAGAACUAUCAGCCGCCACACGACCCACCACCUGCACACAGACAAACAGACAGACAGGUCGGCGCUGCACAGGUGUGCGUCGUGUCUGUGUUUCAAUACCUGUGCCUGUGUGUGUGUGGGGUCAUCCGGCAUGUCGUCCAUCAGCAGGUGUGGCUCCAGCCGCUCGACGCAGGCGGCCACACACGCAUCUGCUACCUGUGUGUCAACAGCCAAACAAGUGACACACACAUCCCAUGAGUCCUUACUCUCUGUCUGUCAUUCAGAUCUCUUUACCUGUGUGGCGUCGUUCGUGUCGAUGAGUCUGUCGGCGUGACAAACAUCCAGCAGCCGCACCGCCCGCAUGAGGGUCGCGUCGCGGCAGCCCAUCGACGCUGCUCUCUUGACCAUUUCGUCCAACACGGCUGCAGCACAUGACAGACAUCACAGCACACACCUCUGAGGGCAUCUGUCGUGUGUUGCUGUGUGUGCGAGUCGGGCGUACCUCGCUGCUGCGGCCAUUUCAUGCUACCGACCUGUUUGUCAGACCAACUGAACACAGAACACCUCUUGAUUGAUCAGUCAUCCGGCAUUCCCUCUCUUAUUGGCCUGCUCGCUUCACCGUGCCGUGCGAUACGCCUCAGUGAUGAGUUCGGCACGGGCACGGUGAUGAUCACUGAAGGGCAAAGGUCUCGGACACGCGCAGCAAUGAUCACGCGAGAGAAGUGUAAGAAUAGGUGGGAGAGAGUCGGGGAGAAUGGUGAAGAGAGGAUCUGCCGGGCGGUC